CUAAGGUUCUCGUGAAUGAAUUAAGUUAGUAUUUGUAAGAUUUUCGCGUGGGAUGGACGUGCUGUGUAUUGUAGUGUUUAUAUUCUCUUUUACUGUUUUUACACACGGGGUCCCUGGGAAAGCGCCGCUGGUGCCCCUGAACGAUGGUCACUCGAUGCCAACCAUCGCGCUGGGGACCUUUCUGCUGAACAGCUCCAAGGGUGGAAAAGAGCCAGAGGGGGACGAAACAGAAAAGGCCGUGCUGUGGGCCUUCGGAGCAGGCUACAGACACAUAGACACGUCCUGGGUCGACCAGGUCGAAUACCAAGUGGGGGACGCUGUGAACAGAGUGGUACACGCUUACAACUUGCUUCAUGAGGUUACUACCACUCAAAAGGUCUGUGACGUCGCGUGCUACAUAAAUAAGUACAAAAAGAGACUCGAAAAGGCUAGCAACAGCAAGGUCCCUCCCGUCUCACGGGAGGAGAUAUUUAUCACAACUAAGCUCUGGAACGACGCGCACGCGCCGAAGGCGGUGGUUCCCGCUCUGCGCAGGUCGCUCGAAGAACUCAGGUUGAGCUACGUCGAUCUCUACCUCAUGCACUGGCCACUUGGGCAGUUUGCAAACGGCACAUACGAUAAAACCCACUACAUAGCUACGUGGCGAGCAAUGAUGGCGGCGCAGAAACUCAACCUGACCAGGUCCAUCGGCGUCUGCAACUUCCACAAGGGCAUGCUGGAGAACAUCAGGAAACGCAACCUGACCAUGCCGGCUGUGUUGCAGAUAGAGUGGAACAUCAACCUCCAACAAGCUAGCCUCCUCGCCUACUGCCGCGAGCACAACAUCUCCGUGAUGGGCUACACGCCCUUCGGCGCGCUCAUGGACAAGAAGCGCGCAGACGCGCCGACGCGCAUCGGCGACGCGCAGCUCGCCAAGAUGGCCGCCAAGUACGGCAAGAACGUGCCGCAGAUACUGCUCCGAUACGCCGUCGAAAUGGGAGUAACCCCCAUCCCAAAGUCCAUCACCACCACUCGAAUAUCCCAGAACAUCGACAUCUUCGACUUUAACCUCAACGAGACAGACAAGAUCACCCUCCAGGGCUUCGACCGGCGCUUCCGCACCGCCCCGCAGGCGCAGUGGCGCGACCACACCUUCUACCCCUUCGAUAGAAGCAAUCUUACCACCACCAGUACCACUAGUCGCAGUACACGUACUCAACGCUAUGUGCUAUAUAAAAUGAAUUUGGACGACUUGAAUUCUAGAAUUAAGUUUAGGGAUAUAGUUUGAAAAUAUUGAUUAAA